AUGGCUGCUGAGAAACAGGUCCCUGGCGGCAGCGGCGGCGGCAGUGGUGGCGGCGGCAGCAGCGGUGGACGCGGUGCUGGUGGAGAGGAAAAUAAAGAAAACGAACGGCCUUCAGCCGGAUCGAAGGCAAACAAAGAAUUCGGGGACAGCCUGAGUUUGGAGAUUCUUCAGAUUAUCAAGGAAUCCCAGCAGCAGCAUGGUUUGCGGCAUGGCGAUUUUCAGAGAUACAGGGGCUACUGUUCCCGUAGACAAAGACGCCUCCGGAAGACACUCAACUUCAAGAUGGGGAACAGACACAAGUUCACAGGCAAGAAAGUGACUGAGGACCUUCUGACUGAUAACAGAUACUUGCUUUUGGUUCUCAUGGAUGCUGAGAGAGCCUGGAGCUAUGCCAUGCAGCUCAAACAGGAAGCCAACACUGAGCCCCGAAAACGGUUUCACUUGCUGUCUCGCCUCCGCAAAGCUGUGAAGCAUGCAGAGGAGUUGGAACGCUUGUGUGAGAGCCAUCGGGUGGAUGCCAAGACCAAGCUAGAGGCUCAGGCGUACACGGCGUACCUCGCAGGAAUGCUGCGUUUUGAACAUCAGGAAUGGAAAGCUGCUAUUGAAGCUUUUAACAAAUGCAAAACCAUCUACGAGAAGCUGGCCAGUGCGUUCACCGAAGAGCAGGCCGUGCUGUACAAUCAGCGUGUGGAGGAGAUUUCCCCCAACAUCCGCUACUGUGCUUACAACAUUGGGGACCAGUCAGCCAUCAAUGAACUGAUGCAGAUGAGAUUGAGAUCUGGGGGUACUGAGGGUCUCCUGGCGGAAAAAUUGGAGGCCGAGAGUGAGGAGACCAAGGAGCGGCUGUUUGAGUCCGUGCUCAGUGAGUGUCGGGACGCCAUCCAGGCCGUUCGAGAGGAGCUGGAACCAGACCAGAAACAGAGAGACUACGUUCUUGAAGCGGAGUCAGGAAAGGUGUCUAACUUGCAGUACUUGCACAGCUACCUGACUUACAUCAAGCUGUCAACAGCGAUCAAGCGGAAUGAGAACAUGGCUAAAGGGCUGCAGAGGGCCCUGCUGCAGCAGCCGCCGGAAGACGACAGCAAGCGCCCCCCCCGGCCCCAGGACCUGAUCCGACUCUACGACAUCAUUCUACAGAAUCUGGUGGAAUUGCUCCAGCUUCCUGGCCUAGAGGAGGACAGAGCCUUCCAGAAAGAAAUAGGCCUCAAGACCCUGGUGUACAAGGCGUACAGGUGCUUCUUCAUCGCUCAGUCCUACGUGCUGGUGAAGAAGUGGAGUGAAGCCCUGGUCCUGUACGACAGGGUCCUGAAAUACGCCAGCGAAGUCAGCUCCGAUGCAGGCGCCUUCAGGAACAGCCUGAAGGACCUGCCGGAUGUGCGAGAGCUCAUCACUCAAGUGAGGUCAGAAAAGUGCUCUCUGCAGGCGGCGGCGAUCCUGGAUACAAACGACUCCCACCAAACAGAGACGUCCUCCCAAGUCAAGGACAAUAAGCCUCUGGUUGAACGGUUUGAGACAUUCUGCCUGGACCCUUCCCUCGUCACCAAGCAAGCCAGCCUUGUGCACUUCCCGCCAGGAUUCCGGCCUGUCCCUUGCAAGCCUUUGUUUUUUGACCUGGCUCUCAACCACGUGGCGUUCCCACCGCUCGAGGACAAGUUGGAGCAGAAGGCCAAGAGCGGCCUCACCGGCUACAUUAAGGGCAUCUUUGGAUUCAGGAGCUAG